AGGAAAUAAAAUAAUGCUAAUGAAGCAACCAUUUCCCUGAAGUUCAAGUUUUCAGGCUCACUGCCAUUAUGGAUGAGCAGCAAGCUUUGAAUUCAAUCAUGCAGGAUUUGGCUGUGCUUCAUAAGGCCAGUCGUCCUGUAUUGCCCCAGCAAGAAACAGGAAAACCAAAGUCAUCUUCGCCUAAAAAACAGAACGAUGUUAGAGUCAAAUUUGAACAUCGAGGUGAAAAAAGGAUCCUGCAAUUACCAAGGCCUGUUAAACUUGAAGAUCUUGCAGCUAAAGCUAAAGUUGCUUUUGGACAGACUAUGGAUUUACAUUACAGCAAUAAUGAGCUUUUAAUUCCAUUAACCACACAGGAUGACCUGGACAAAGCUGUUGAACUGCUUGACCGUAGUGUUCAUAUGAAAAGUCUCAAGAUAUUACUUGUAAUACAUGGAAAUACACAGUCACCCAGUGUAAAUAAAGUGGAACCCUUGCCCUCACUGGAAGACUUAGAUAAUACAGUGUUUGGUGUGACAGACAGAAAAAGGCGGAUGUCUGUAAUAGGUUCUAAUACUCGUGAUCGGAGUUCACCUCCCCCAGGAUACAUUCCAGACGAGCUGCAUCAGGUGGCCCGAAAUGGGUCCUUCACCAGUAUCAACAGUGAGGGUGAAUUCAUUCCAGAAAGUAUGGAUCAGAUGCUGGAUCCAUUGUCUUUGAGCAGUCCUGACAACUCUGGCUCGGGAAGCUGUCCCUCACUUGACAGCCCUCUAGAUGGAGACAACUAUCCCAAAUCUCGGAUGCCAAGAGCACAGAGCUAUCCAGAUAAUCAUCAAGAAUUCUCAGUAGAGUAUGAUAUCCCAAUAUUUGAGAAAUUUGGAAAGGGGGGGACUUAUCCCCGAAGAUACCAUAUUUCAUAUCAUCAACAAGACUACAAUGACGGUCGUAAAACUUUUCCAAGAGCCAGAAGGACUCAGGGGAACAGCUUCCGAUCACCAGUUAGUUUCAGUCCCACUGAUCACUCACUGAGCACCAGUAGUGGGAGCAGCGUCUUUACGCCGGAAUAUGAAGAUAACCGAAUGAGGAGGAGGGGAAGUGACAUAGACAAUCCUACCUUGUCAGUCAUGGACAUCAGCCCACCCAGUCGGUCACCACGAGCUCCAACUAACUGGAGACUUGGUAAACUGCUGGGUCAAGGUGCAUUUGGCAGGGUAUAUCUGUGUUAUGAUGCCGAUACCGGAAGAGAACUGGCUGUUAAACAAGUUCAGUUUGAUCCUGAUAGUCCAGAAACCAGCAAGGAAGUAAAUGCACUUGAAUGUGAGAUUCAGUUGCUGAAAAAUCUGCUGCAUGAAAGAAUUGUUCAGUAUUAUGGUUUCUUGAGAGAUCCACCAGAAAGAACACUCUCUAUAUUCAUGGAAUAUAUGCCUGGGGGUUCCAUCAAAGACCAAUUGAAAUCAUAUGGAGCGCUCACAGAGAAUGUGACUCGUAAAUAUACGCGGCAGAUUUUGGAAGGAGUUCACUAUUUGCACAGUAAUAUGAUUGUUCAUCGAGAUAUUAAAGGAGCAAAUAUUCUGCGAGAUUCAGCAGGCAAUGUGAAGCUCGGUGACUUUGGUGCCAGCAAACGACUGCAGACGAUAUGUCUCUCUGGUACAGGAAUGAAGUCUGUCACAGGAACUCCAUACUGGAUGAGUCCGGAAGUUAUUAGUGGAGAAGGGUACGGCAGAAAAGCAGAUAUCUGGAGCGUAGGUUGUACAGUGGUAGAAAUGCUCACUGAGAAGCCCCCGUGGGCAGAGUUCGAAGCAAUGGCUGCCAUCUUUAAAAUUGCCACUCAGCCAACCAACCCCCAGCUACCACCUCAUGUCUCCGACCAUGCUCGGGAUUUCUUGAAACGGAUUUUUAUCGAGGCCAAGCUGCGACCAUUUGCAGAUGAACUGCUAAGACACACGUUUGCACACUAUCACUAACAGCCUGCCUCAACUCAGCUUGCAUCUACUGCAUUUAUUUUCUAUUUGACUGCACUUUUAUUUUUAUUUUUUACAAGAAAAGGAGAAAAAAGACAAGAGAGAAUAUUCUCUUGAAUCUUUGUUUCACUUAGGUUGUAAACAAUCUAAAUUUUGUACCUAAAAUGAGAAUCUUCUCUCCCCCGCUCCCACCAGGACUAGAACUUUUUGUUUCUAUAAUGUACUGAUGUGGUUCAUGUAGAUAAAGCACUUUAGUACAUAUUUGUUCCUUAUUUAAAGGGGAAAAAAAAAAAGACAAAUGCUUGGACAGUCAGGAACUGUGUGACUUUUUCUGACACCGCUGACUGACUCAGGGUGCAGGGAAAAAUAGACAUGCAGCUAAAAGACAAGAAGGUUACUUCUCUGUGAUUCUUCUUUAUAUCGUAGGUACUUGCGGCAGAGAGUUCUAAGUUCUUAUUAUAUUUUAGCAUUUUAAUCAGUUUCUGGAUUUCACAGUUUAAGCUGGAACAUGCAGUCCUGAGAGUUAAUGAUAAAGCUGGAAGAACUUGGAACUCUUUGUACGGUAGCGUGUCUAACCGGUACUUCCAUGUGACCAAAAGAAAAUAACAAAAAAGAACUCAACACUGAUGUACUAGUUAGAGGUUUUGGUGUAGAACUAUUGUAUUAUCUUAAUAGGAAUAUAAUUACAGGUAAACAGAUUAUGGACCCAGACUCCUGGGAACUAUUAUACUGCAAGGGGAAAAUUUCCAUAGACAAGGGUCAGCUGUUGGAUGUAAAUAUUUAGGAGAAUGCCUCCUGCUGUAUCUGCCAAAGAGAACCUCUGUUGCAUAAGCUUGGAGGGAGACGGUUAUCUUAGAUAAGAAUAAAUAGUGAUGUUGAGAGUCAGUUCUCCUCCACAAUCCCAUUAAUGGCUGGAGAGGAAGGGGAGUGACUAAUCUUUGUGCGGUAUACGAGUUCCUUGAUUCAGAAUGAGCUAUAAGAAAUGUUUUCAAAGCUGUUGAAAGGUGCUAGGAUGGAAUGUAUGUCAACAUCAAGUGCCUGAACAAUAUAAAAUUCUUCCCGAUAUGCACUAAAAAAAUUGUUUUAGUAACACAGUUCAGUGAUCUAGGAUAUGUUGAAAAUUCCCGAAAUGAACUUAAACAUCUUUUAACACCAGGAAUAAGUCACUGAGAAAGAUAAGAGUCCAGUUACAUUUUUUUAAUGAGGUAGCGAUGAUGAAUCCGCAUGAACAAGGAGGCACAGCACAAAAGAUUGUAUGAAGAAUAGGCCAAAAGCGCAAAGAGAGCCAGCAAUUAAGUAACAUGAGUGUGAUUACUCCAGCCUGAUAAUCCAGAUGAUUGGUGUUUGUCAGAUUUCCAACUGUCAUAAAACAUACAUUAAUCACUUUUUCCAUUUCUGCAAGAGUAUUAUAAAAGAACAAAAGUAAAACUCUGAAAUACUGCUUCUCAAUCGAGAAGUCAGGUAUUGAUCAGGUGUAGUGAAUUUUUGUAGAAGAACACAACAUAAAUAAUUUAAAAGGAUAUUUGGAAAUAAACUAUUGGACUACAGAACUGAAAUAACGUAUACUGUUUUGGAUGAUUCAUUGCUUGCUGCUGUUGUUUUGUAAAGGCAGAGCGGGCUGGUACUGUGAACCUUGUCCACUCUGACAAGGCUCUACCUGUUUUGCAUCUUUACAGGACUCUCAGAAUUAUGAGGUGCAUGGAGAUAGAACAAUAAGCUUAUCCAUUCCCAUGGUAGUUCACUCGUGAGAUUUCUGAAUUUAUUCUGCUGACUUCCAAAGUUUGUACCAGAGCAUAAGCAGGAGUAUGGAUCUAUCCUAAUCACUUUACCUGUAGUGGAGUAAGACUGACUUUUUUGAGGCCAUCUCUCCUGAGACUGAGCGGUGCCUCCGUCGGUUUAUGUGAGUAUUUUACCCAGCUUAUAAUUUUGUCGGUCAGGGUACACAACUGUGCAAGCUUUUCUGAGCGUGGUAAGAACUAGUCAGGGCAAGUUUAGAAGGCUGAAAGGAAAGUCAGCUUGUACUGACUUUUUUUUUUUUGCUUCUCUGUCACUAGAUAAAAGCUAUGAAAGCAGCCUUUAAGGAGAAUUGGUAUGUACUCUGCUGUAAAGGACCUUUGCUUUAUAAGCAAAAUUUAGUGACAACAGGGAUGGGAAGUUUAAUGUAGAGCCUAAUAGUUUGUGUAGGAAAUUUAAAGAUCAUAUAAUGGAAAUGAUUGAUUUCAAUCAGAUUAAGAAGGUACCAAAACCGGGGUGAAAAUGUAUACAAAAAUCAGGAGUGGACAGCGAUAUGUGAAAAGGUAAGGAAAUUUUGUAUUACCAAAAAAGGACAUUAAAGGGAAAAUGUAACCAGGUUUAUCUGUAGCGUUCAUAACAUUUAAAUAUACUACUAUAAAAAGAAACUGCACUCUGUGAAGCUUGAAAAUUUUCAGAAUCUAGUUUUCUUAUAAUGUGUCCUUUUUGUGAGACAACAGUGCUGGAUGUAUAUUGCAAUAUCACUUCCUCAUUGUGAUUCUUAAUUACUGAAUAAUUGAGUUUGCUGCUUUUGUGCCUUUUCUAAAAAAUGGCAUUCAGUCAUGACAACGGUAAGCAUUUUGGAGCGAGGAAAAAAAGAAUUUGCAGACUGCAUUUUCCUUAAUUUCUUUGACAUAUCAGAAAGUUGUCAAUGUAAAGAUAGUGCUUCUUAAAUGAAGAUGACAUUUGCCAGUUCCAGUGAUUCUAGUAAAAUUUUUAUUAAUUAACCAAGAUUAGGCUUGAGCUGGUUUUUUUUCCACCCUAUGGAGAAUUUGUCUACUGACUUAAGCAACUUACAGUAAAUUAGAUGGUUAUUAACGUAAAUGUUUUGAGCUAGAAAUAAUUAUGAAGCUAAAUCAGACUUUUACCAAAAGGUUAGCUAAUCUUUAUCCCCUAUUGGGGCAAUGUAGUAAAACAAGCUGCAUUAAAUAAUGUGGUACCCCUGUAUGCAAUGUCUGUACGACACUUGCAUUAACUACUGGCGUGAUAAUGAACAAACCCUAGUUCUGGAAUUUGAGAGGGCGCAUGGAAUUGCACACUUAAAACUCCAUUGGAGGAGGGUUGCAGAGCCAAGAUCCCUGCUCACAACUUCUAAUAUCUUACCAACAAAGACACCAGCAUUUUAGAAUCAUGAAUUAUUCUUAAUUGUUGAAUCCAAUUACUAGAAAACACCAAUGAAAACAAACUGUUGCAGGGUUGUUUUGCUUUUCUGUAAAUGCCAUGAUGAAGCUAUGCUCUCAAAAAAUGACUGAGGUUCGCACUAAGUAUGCAUAUUUUCAAAGGACUUACUUACCUGCUAAUGAAUUUUAUUAUUCUGUUCGUUGCAUGUAUUAAGUAACAAAAGUCAAGCUACUUCUGUACUAUGGUUUUAAUGGUGUAACUAACUGUCCUUUUAGAGUGCGACUGAAAGUUUCAGUUGUGUUAGAGCAAGUUGUUUAUUUUUAAUUUGGGUGAUAGAAAUAUCCAUGCAAAGACUUUAAAAGGUAUGGAUCUGGUAACUGCAAAGCUAAAUCUACAUAGACUUUUUUCCUUGACUGUUUAAAUAUAGUCUUAAAAUUUUAACUUGACUUGCAAUUCGAUUUGUAGCUAAACAGUCCUUUCAGUAUAACAAAGUGAAAAGUUAUUAGUGUUGGUUUUCUUUAGCUAGUGCCUUUUUAUCUGUAUGCCUUAAUUUUGUUGAUAUUAGAACACCAUAUUGAAAUCUGUCAUACAAUUCCAUGUCACCAAAACAGUCUUAGAGUAUGGGUUUUUUCAAAGUGCCCAAACCGGAAUUCACCUAACUGCACUGGAAAGUGUACUUUAGUUAUAAUCUGCUGCAGACAUUCAAAUUGAGAAUUUUACAAAGUGAUUUUUGGAGCGCUGCCCGAAGGCCUCCUGUGCUAAUACAGGUUUUGUAUUUGCAUUUUGGAGAUUGUACACUGAUGCGCAUACCAGAAAAAGGACUUUUCUGCACUCAGAGAAAUACUAUUAGAGUGGAGAUUUAGCUCCCUGGCUCUGGGUACUAGACUCUGGGUUUACUGUAGAGACCGCAGCAGCGUUCUUAAUGGACUUGAAAUUAUAGUCGGUACAUUUGUAAACGUGGUACUGUAUUAAAAGCUAUUUACUUUCAAUACAGAGGGAUAUGAUGUGUCUAAGCAAAUCAACAGGUUUCUCAGUGAAGCUAGUGCCGUGCCCAUGAAAUUCUCUCCUGUGUCUUUUGGAUAAUCCUAAUCCUGCCGUUGUUUUGACUGAAAGCCUUGUAGCACCUGUAGGUACAGCGCAGUACAGCAAGCUAUUCUUUCGGACAACAUAGAGCAAUGUCUAACUGCAGCUUCAGAGACUUGAGCAAAUUGGUCAGAUCUACAGUUACUUAUAACCAAUUUCUUACUUUUUUAAUCUCGAAAGUCUUUGUCACGCAUAUAGAAAAGCAUAAUGUUUGUGUUUGAAUGUAAGUCCCUCUGGUGUUUCUGGAAAAGCAGAAGUAUUACCGCCAGUAUCAUUUCUUCUUGCUGGUGACUUGCUGUCUUGUGUUAAUGACAAGUCUGCAGUGUAAAAUCACAUACAAUUACCAAAGCUUUUCUAUCCCCAUAUAUACAUAUAGCCAAAAGUGAUGUUUAUGGGUUAGUACUGUUACCUAUAGAUACAUAUAUAUCCAUCAGUAAGCUAUUGCUAACUGAGUAAAGCAGGUACUAGUAAAAAGUGAUAGACACUGCCCAUAUUUAAGAGAUUUGGGUGUUUAUAGUUGCUGUUUUGAUGUGCAAAAUUCAUGCCGGCAUUAAAAUGAAGGGUUUGCUUUUUAAAACUCUUUUGAACUUAAUCUUAUAGUUGUCAUUCUAAAAUUAAUGCAUAAGCUUGGUGACUAAACCUGGUGGCUUUUAUAGCCAGGUUUGAGCUUUGGGACAUUUAAGGAACGCCAUGAAGAUAAGUAGAUUUGUGACCUGAACCGCUCUGUGCGCCAUAGUAAGAACACUUCAAAGCUGCUGGGAAGCUGUCCGCUAGACGCGACAGCCAAAUGUCACCCACAGUUACCUGGGUGUCGAUGCUGCCUUCGGGAGGAGCCACAAACGUACACCAAAGGGGGCAGGCAGAGUUGCUACCGACCGGGGGUUUCUGAAUCAAAAUCCUUGAUCAGAAACAAAGGAGCUCCUUUCUCUUUUGAUUUCCCCCACUUGGCCUGCACGGUUUAUUUUUCUUUCUCAUUGGCAUAACUUAAAUACCGCAUAGGUGGUGGCCACCGAUAGUUCCUGAAUACGGUGCGAGUUAAUGUACAGCUUUCUGCCAGGGCCCCACCGCUUGAACCCAGGACGCUGCAGCUCCCCGCUUGCUGGAGCAACCCUUGGGUUUUCUCUAGCAAUAUAUACACGUACGUAUUUGAGGGGUAGAUGGGAUGGAGGAAACGAAAUUUCUCAUGUUUCAAAGCACCGAUGCGAGCAGUCACGCUUUGGCUAGGUCGUAGUUUUCAUAAACUUACUUUAACGGGAGAGGAACUGGAUUAAAACACAUAAAAAUUGUAUCUCAUGGUUCAGCCCUUACGUUGAGUCCACCGAUGAGGAUUGGAGGUCAGGGUCUUCUGUCGAGAGAUGAGGAAAAGGACACUCUAACUCCAGAGUGGAUAUUCAUGGGAAAUACUUCAGAGGUUUUUCACGUCUUUUACCCCAAAACCAGACGAUCCUUUUCCCCAGGGGUUAUAUAAUGUGGGUUUAAAAACAAGGAUUGCAUUUUGUUUUCUGAACGGGCAUUAGAUUGUCGGUUCCCUAGUGUUUGUUUCUUGUUGAUACCAGUAUAAAAGGUGGUGUCAUCCUAAAAUUGGAACGGUUUAUUAAAGCAUAGUGUCUGUCAUCUCAGACCUCGCAGGAGUCGUGUAAUGGAAUUAUCACUGUAAAUACGUGGAGGAGACUUAGAUGAAUUGGAGCGUAGGCUUUUAGUUUUCAUGAAGCUAUGAAUAAAAAUUUGUAAAUUUACUCGAUCUAAUGUACAUUUUUAUGUAGCCAUUAAAUUCUCUAUUUAAUCUAUCAGUUUCUCACUGUAAAUGUUUUUACUCUCAGUUGAAUGCUGGGCACAGUUUGUAAUGUAUGUACACAAAGGUGUUUUUUUCUAUCAACGUUGACUUUUUUGCACAUUUUUGGAAAUAUUUAAUUUGUACACUGAUUUAAUACUCUGACCAAUUGUUGAUGGGUGUAUGAGAAUCACGUGUGUGUGCAAUGUACUACUGUCUGGAUGUAUGGGUUUUUUUAUUACUUUUGAGAUGUUGCUACCAGUAACUGCACUGCUGUUGCUGCUUUACAUGGAAUAUCUUGUGUAUAAAAAAAGAUAAAAACAAUUAAAAAAUUAGCGUAUGGUUAUCUUGGUUGAGGAACUCAGGAGUUGAGCAUUGCUUACUAGUUCCGUUUGUCUAACAACCUUCCAAACUUAAAAACAAAGAAACAAACAAAACCCCCUUGUACUUCUGUGUAUGCAUUGAAUGUGUGUGUGUAUAUAUAUAUCCCAGUAAUCUUAUUCCACAAUUUCAUUUCUACAUUUUUAUGAACUUGUUUUUUAAGGGUACUAUGUUUAGUUAGAGUAAUUAAAUAUAUAAAAGCUUUGAGAGAUGAUUUAUUAGAAAAAUAUAUUUUCAGCUGGCUGAUGUUCGAAAUAUUUUUUUAAUUUUUGUUUUUAACCAUUCAAAAUGUAUUUGUAUUUCCAGAAUCAGACACGAAUUGUACUUAGAAAUAUAUUAAAACACUCU